CCCGAUCAACCUCCAUCUGUUUACUUUGCUGUCUGACGGCACCCCUCGCCGGCAUGCAUCUGUACAAUCUCACACUCCAACCCCCGACCGCCAUUACGCAUGCCGUCGCGGGCAACUUCUCGGGCUCGCGAGCGCAAGAAAUCAUCGUCUCGCGCGGCACGCGUCUCGAGCUGCUGAGGCCGGACGCGCAAAGCGGGAAGGUCCUGACGGUGAUCGCGACGGAAGUCUUCGGCUCCAUCCGCUCGCUCGCCGCGUUCAGGCUCACCGGUGGUACCAAGGAUUAUGUCAUCGUAGGGUCCGACUCGGGGCGCAUCGUCAUUCUGGACUAUGACCCUAGGACAAGCACCUUCGUCAAGAUUCACCAGGAGACAUACGGCAAGUCUGGCGCGCGUCGAAUAGUUCCGGGGCAAUAUCUCGCGACCGACCCCAAGGGGCGCAGCGUCAUGAUCGGCUCCGUGGAGAAGGCGAAGCUGGUGUACAUCUUGAACAGAGACGCGGCUGCGAACUUGACCAUCUCGUCGCCCCUGGAGGCGCACAAAAACAACGCGAUCAUCCACCACAUCGUCGGGUUGGACGUGGGCUUCGAGAACCCAACGUUUGCCGCGCUAGAGGUCGACUACUCUGAGUCGGACCAAGACCCCACAGGCGAAGCGUUCAACAACGCGGAAAAGAUGUUGACAUACUACGAGCUCGACCUCGGUCUCAAUCAUGUUGUACGAAAGUGGAGCGAGCCCACAGACCCUCGCGCGAACCUCUUGGUGCAGGUACCCGGAGGGCAGCUAGCUGCGUCUGAACGAUACGAUGGUCCGUCCGGCGUGCUGGUGUGCUGUGAAGACCACAUCAUCUAUCGGCAUAUGGACUCGCCUCAGCACCGCGUCCCAAUUCCUCGCAGGAAGCACCCGUUGGAAGACACUGAGCGUGGUCUCAUUAUCACUGCAGCUGUGAUGCACAAGAUGAAGGGGGCCUUCUUCUUCCUUCUCCAGAGCGAGGAAGGGGACUUGUACAAGGUCACCAUCGAGCACGAAGAGCAGGAUGUAAAGGCCGUCAAAAUCAAGUACUUUGACACAGUUCCCGUUGCGUCCAGUCUUUGCAUUCUGAAGUCUGGCUUUUUGUUCGUAGCGUCAGAGUUCGGCAACCACUACUUCUACCAGUUCCAAAAACUCGGCGACGACGACAACGAGCCAGAAUGGAGUUCGGCAGACUACCCUUCGUACGGCAUGGCUGAUCCUUCGACGCCCCUUCCUCGCGGCUACUUCAGGCCUCGAGCUCUGGACAACUUGACCUUGGUCGAUGAGCUGGAAUCGUUGUGUCCCAUCAUCGACUCCAAGGUUAUGAACUUGUUGCCGAACUCCGACACCCCUCAGAUCUUCACUGCGUGCGGUCGUGGUGCUCGUAGCACGUUCAGGACUUUGCGACACGGUCUAGAGGUUGAAGAAGUUGUCAGCUCGGAUCUCCCUGGUAUCCCCAACGCGGUAUGGACCACGAAGCUGAAGGAGGACGACCUCUAUGAUUCGUACAUCAUCCUAUCCUUCGUCAACGGAACACUGGUGCUCUCCAUCGGCGAGACUAUCGAAGAAGUUCAAGACACGGGCUUCCUCUCCUCAGCACCUACGCUUGCGGUACAACAGAUCGGUGCGGAUGCGCUGUUGCAGGUGUACCCGCAUGGCAUCCGUCAUGUCCUCGCCGAUCGCCGCGUCAACGAGUGGAAGGUACCCUCAGGCAAGACCAUCGUGUGCGCCACGACCAACAAGCGGCAAGUCGUCGUCGCACUUAGUUCCGCUGAACUCGUGUACUUCGAACUCGACCUUGACGGCCAGUUGAACGAAUACCAGGACCGGAAGGCGAUGGGUAGCACCGUUCUCGCCCUCAGUGUUGCGGAAGUCCCGGAGGGACGCCAGCGCACGCCAUACCUGGCCGUCGGAUGCGAGGACCAGACUGUCCGAAUCGUCUCGCUCGAUCCGGAGAGCACACUCGAAACCAUCAGUCUCCAGGCUCUCACUGCUCCCCCUUCCGCUAUCUGCAUAGCCGACAUGCUUGAUGCUAGUAUCAACAAGUCUCAGCCGACAACCUUCGUCAACAUCGGUCUCCAGAAUGGUGUUCUACUGCGUACAGUUCUGGACCCUGUCAACGGUCAGCUAACGGACACUCGUACUCGGUUCUUGGGCACUCGGCCAAUCCGCUUGCUCCGGGUCAACAUUCAACAGAAUCCUGCUAUCCUCGCUCUGUCGUCUCGGCCAUGGCUCAACUACACCUACCAGAACUUCAUGCACUUCACCCCGCUGAUCUUCGAGAACUUGGACUACGCGUGGAGCUUCUCCGCCGAGCUCUGUACCGAAGGCCUGAUCGGUAUCUCUGGAAGUCUCUUGAGAAUUUUCCAGAUUCCAAAGCUCGGUACGAAGCUCAAGCAGGACUCACUACCGCUCAGCUACACUCCCCGCAAAUUCAUGCCGCAUCCCACAAAUGGUCUUCUCUACCUCAUUGAGGGUGACCACCGCGUGAUGAGCGAGGAGGCGGCGUCAAAGAAGCUACAAGAAAUGCGAGCACGGGGUGAGCGUAUUGAUGAGGAAGUGUUGCUUCUGCCUCCUGAGCAAUUCGGCCGGCCGAAGGCGCCUGCUGGCACAUGGGCCUCCUGCAUACGAAUCAUCAAUCCGUUGGAGUCAAGUACUGUCAAGGUCAUCCACUUGGACAACAACGAGGCCGCGUUCUCGAUGGCUAUUGUUCCGUUUGCAGCUCGCGGCAAUGAGCUGCAUCUCGUCGUCGGCACGGCCCAAGACACGUUCCUCUCGCCUCGAUCAUGUACAAGCGGUUUCCUGAGAACAUAUCGCUUCAUCGACGACGGGCGAGACCUGGAAUUCCUUCACAAGACUGAGACUAGCGACGUCCCACUUGCAGUGAUGGCAUUCCAGGGUAAGCUCAUAGCAGGUGUCGGGAAGUCAUUACGGCUAUAUGAUGUGGGCAAGAAGAAGCUGUUGCGCAAAGUGGAAAACAAGGGAUUCCCGGCCGCCAUUGUCACCCUGAACACCCAAGGCUCUCGCAUAAUCGUCGGCGACAUGCAAGAAUCUGUCUUCUAUGCCGUCUACAAAGCUCCUGAAAACCGCUUGCUCGUCUUCGCUGACGAUGCCCAGCCGCGAUGGGUCACCGCAACAACAAUGUUGGACUACAACACCGUGGUGGCGGGCGACCGCUUCGGCAAUGUCUUCGUGAACCGGCUGGACUCCAAGAUCUCAGACCAGAUCGACGACGAUCCUACCGGUGCUGGUAUCCUGCACGAAAAGGGUGUCUUGUUCGGGGCUCCCCACAAGAGCGUUAUGCUUUCCCACUUCCACGUCGGCGACAUCGUGACAUCGUUACACAAGGUUGCGCUCGUGGCCGGAGGACGUGAAGUCCUUUUGUACACCUGCUUACACGGGACGAUCGGAAUCCUGGUGCCAUUCGUGUCCAAGGAAGACGUCGACCUGCUCACGACGUUGGAGCAACACAUGCGCACAGAGCAGCUCAGUCUCGUCGGCCGGGACCAUCUCACAUGGCGAGGAUACUACGUGCCUGUCAAGUCCGUAGUCGAUGGCGACCUCUGCGAGUCGUUCGCGAAGCUACCGGCCAACAAGCAGAGCACGAUUGCAGGCGAGCUGGACCGGACUGUCGGAGAGGUGCUGAAGAAGCUCGAGCAGCUGCGCGUCACCGCGAGCGGGUUCUGAUCGGUCGUCGGUCGUCUUUGUAAUGUGUUGUGUUUUAUCUUGUACGUGUAAUAUACUCUCUUUCCUGCUAGCCCG